GCUCAAACAAGCUCUUCGCCUUUCCACGGUCGCCAUGGUGAACAAGUUCAGCUCUCUCCUCGUCGCGGUCUGCGCUGCUACCAGCGCCCUCGCUUUCCCCUUCGAGUUCCACAACUCUACCCAGCUCCACGCCCGACAGGGUACGCCCGCCGGCACCGGCACCAACGGCGGCUACUUCUACUCCUUCUGGACCGACGGCGGAGGAUCGGUUACCUACAACAACGGACCCGCCGGAGAGUACAGCGUGAGCUGGACUAGCGCCGACAACUUCGUUGCCGGCAAGGGCUGGAACCCUGGUUCUGCCCAGGACAUCUCCUUCACCGCGAACUACGAGCCAAACGGCAACUCGUACCUGUCCGUGUACGGCUGGUCGACGAACCCGCUCGUGGAGUACUACAUCCUCGAGGACUUCGGGACGUACAACCCCGCGUCGUCGCUGACGCACAAGGGCACGCUCACGUCCGACGGCUCGUCGUACGACGUCUACGAGGGCACGCGCGUCAACGAGCCGUCGAUCGACGGCACGGCGACCUUCAACCAGUACUGGUCGAUCCGCUCCUCGAAGCGCUCCUCGGGCACGGUCACGACUGCGAACCACUUCAACGCGUGGGCCCAGCUCGGCCUCCCGCUCGGCACGUUCAACUACCAGAUCGUCGCCACCGAGGGCUACCAGUCGAGCGGCUCCUCCACCGUCACCAUCGGCGCCGCGACCGGCGGCAGCACCGGCUCCGGCACCAUCAGCCCUACGGGCCCUACCACCACCGUCCCUGUCGCCACGCCCACGCCGCCCUCCACGGCCUGCGCCGCCGAGUGGGAUCAGUGCGGCGGUGAGGGAUGGGCAGGCCCGACCUGCUGCGUGGCAGGCACCACCUGCAACGCAGCGAACGCGUACUACUCGCAGUGCCUGGCGUGAGCGCGGAUCGUCGGUGGAGCUUCUUGUACACGGGUGAAGUAGAAGUGUAGCCUGUGCGCGUGCAGAAGGAUGGCAGGGGAGCAGAAGGUGUCUCCGUCGGGGAAGCAAAAGUUGCUGUUGGGCACUCGUGUUGGAGCGAUGGCUGCCGGCCUGUAUUAAUGUAGUGCUAUUGCAUCUAGGAACCUUUACAAACUAUCUGAUUCAUUUGUCUUCGGUAACGCCAUGGGUGGAAGCGUUACGAUAAUGAACG